GAGGGCAUGCUCCUACCCACGGCGCUCGCCUCCCCGACCCCGCCCUCCGGCUCAGGCUCGCACACUUCUGCGUCCUCGUUCCCGUUUCUUCAACCACACCCCUUCCGUCCUUUCUCCUCCAGCUCGGCCCGGCGACUGCUCCUUUUACUUCCGGGUCGAGGGUCAACCAGAAAAAUGGUGCAGCCCGUGAAGGUCUCCCCGCUCAUCAAGUUGACGCGAUAUUCGUUCCUGGUCUUGGGCAUGGUCUAUGGAGCGAAGCGCUAUGCUUACCUAAAGCCUCGUGCAGAAGCAGAGCGGAAGCUGGCAGCAGAGAAGAAAAAGAAGGAGGAGGAAAUAAGGAAGAUUCAGCAGAGACUGGAAGAAGCCCGAGGUGACUCCAUAUUGAAAUAAAAGAUUUGGCUGUAUUUUCUUCUGCAAGAGUUGUGCUAUAAUAAAGCUGUCUAUGAUGUA